GAGCAAUAAGAUAUAAGGUAUGCCUGCACUCUCAUUCACAAUUUCAUUCUAAGCAGAGAGCACAGGAGAGCAACACCAAUGAGGACUCUUCAAUGGUCACCAUCUCGGGUCUAGAGGGAGAGGAUGGAAGGGUUUUUCAGCAGAGGAAAUAGUCAUUCUGCUCUGAAUUGUAGAAGUACCUCCUACCCUGUGGGGAUGGGUUAGAGAGAGCAGAGCAGGGAUUGGGAGGCUACUACAGCUGGAGAGAAGAAAACAGUGAGAUGCAGGGCCUGGGGGUGCCUGAGGAGGAAGGGUCCAGGGUGAUGCCCAUCCCUUGCCAGGUCACUAGGGUGGGGAGCAGGAUUUUGUGUGUGGUCAGACUGGAACCAGAGGAUGUGGUGCAGUUGUGAAGAGCUGUCUGGGGGAAAUGACUUCAUGGCCCAGGAGAGUCAUGGGCUGAGGUGUGGACAGGAAGCUAAGAAUAGGGUGCAGCCAGCCAUGAGUUCAGGAGGCCCUAGAAAGAGCCCUAGAGCUACCAGAGGAAAUGUAGCCCCAGAAGGAGUUGGAGGAGCAACCAGAGGGAGAGGAAGAGGACAGGAGGGGUCAGGCAGGGAGAGGACUCAAAAAUGUCCUCAAGCCUGAGCUCCAGGCAGGCGCGGGGUUGGUUAUAGAAGGCCAGCGGUGUCCAUGUGUCUGUGGGGACCAUGGUGGGGGCUGUGACCUGGAGGACGAAUCCUCCGUCGGUCUGUGUCUCCCUAGUGUCUCUAGGUGGAGGGCUGGCUGUGAACCGGGUAUGGAGACCUUUAGAGCUCCUUGUGUGAGCUGUAUGAGGCCCCCCCGGGUGUUCUAGGCCAAGGGCCACAGAGGAACCGGUGUGGGGCAUUUAAAGGUCCCGGCGGGGCGCGUUCGGGUAUUGAGUCCCUUGGAGACCCUGAGAGAUUGCGGGGUCGGGGAACCGCCGUCCAGUUGGCUAGGGCGGCUGGGCCCAGGUCGAGGCCUGCCGGGGGUGUUGGGCCGCUCAAGCGGGCGCCUGGGCGCAGCUCACCUCCCCAUCCCCCGCUUCCCCCGGGCCCGGAAGCGCCGCCGCCCGCGGGCCCCUUGCGGAGCCGGUCUCCCUGUCCCGACGCGGCGCGCGCUGUCGCGAUCCGGCUGCGGGUGACGUGGCGGGGGCGGGGCUUGAGUGGUCGCUGCGGAGGCGGGGGCAGCGCGACAGAGCAUCCUGGAGGCUCCCGGCCGCCACGAGGCCAGAGUAAACACAGGUGUGAAGGAACCAAUUGCCAUGGAAGCCGGGGAGCUGGAGAGCCCCCAACCCACGUACCAUCUUAUUCCUAAGGCCGGCCAGCCCAGGGAGGAGGAAGAUGUCAGCAUGCUACCUCAGCAGUCCGCAGAAGCUAUGCAGCUGAAGAAAGAGAUCUCUCUGCUGAAUGGGAUCAGCCUGGUGGUGGGCAACAUGAUCGGCUCAGGAAUCUUUGUCUCACCCAAGGGCGUGCUGGUCUACACUGCUUCCUAUGGGUUGUCACUGGUCGUAUGGGCCAUUGGUGGGCUUUUCUCUGUUGUGGGUGCCCUUUGCUAUGCCGAACUGGGGACCACCAUCACCAAGUCUGGGGCCAGCUAUGCUUAUAUUCUUGAGGCCUUUGGAGGCUUCAUUGCCUUUAUCCGCCUCUGGGCCUCUCUGCUAAUUGUUGAGCCCACCAGUCAGGCCAUCAUUGCUAUCACCUUCGCCAACUACAUCAUCCAGCCCUCCUUUCCCACCUGUGAGCCCCCGUACCUGGCCUGCCGUCUCCUCGCUGCCGCCUGCAUGUGUCUGCUGACAUUUGUGAACUGUGCCUAUGUCAAGUGGGGCACACGUGUGCAGGACACAUUCACUUAUGCCAAGGUCCUGGCACUCAUUGCCAUCAUUGUCAUGGGCCUUGUUAAACUGUGCCAGGGACACUCUGAGCACUUUCAGGACGCCUUUGAGGGUUCCUCCUGGGACAUGGGAGAUCUCUCUCUCGCCCUCUACUCUGCCCUCUUCUCUUACUCAGGUUGGGACACCCUUAAUUUUGUAACAGAAGAAAUCAAAAACCCAGAAAGAAAUUUGCCUCUGGCCAUUGGGAUUUCUAUGCCAAUCGUGACGCUCAUCUACAUUCUGACCAAUGUGGCCUAUUACACAGUGCUGAGCAUUUCAGACGUCCUUGGCAGCGAUGCCGUGGCUGUGACAUUUGCUGACCAGACAUUUGGCAUGUUCAGCUGGACCAUUCCCAUUGCUGUUGCCCUGUCCUGCUUUGGGGGCCUCAACGCAUCUAUCUUUGCUUCAUCAAGGUUGUUCUUUGUAGGAUCCCGUGAGGGCCACCUUCCUGACCUUCUGUCCAUGAUCCACAUUGAGCGUUUUACACCCAUCCCUGCUUUACUAUUCAAUUGCACCAUGACACUCAUCUACCUCACUGUGGAGGAUGUUUUCCUGCUUAUCAACUACUUCAGCUUUAGCUAUUGGUUCUUCGUGGGCCUCUCUGUUGCUGGACAGCUCUACCUUCGCUGGAAGGAGCCCGAGUGGCCCCGGCCUCUCAAGCUGAGCCUGUUUUUUCCCAUCGUGUUCUGCAUAUGUUCCUUGUUUCUUGUGAUUGUGCCCCUCUUCAGUGACACCAUCAAUUCCCUCAUUGGCAUCGGUAUUGCCCUCUCUGGGGUCCCUGUCUACUUCCUGGGUGUUUAUCUGCCAGAGUCCCGAAGGCCACUCUUUAUUCGGAAUGUCCUUGCUGCUAUCACCAAAGUCACCCAGAAGCUUUGCUUUUGCGUCCUGACUGAGCUAGAUGUAGCUGAAGAGAGACGGGUUGAGAGGAAAACUGAGUAGAGGCCAGAGGAGAUAUCCCCUGAGGCCUGGAAAGUUGCUACUUGUGGCCACAGCCACCAAAGUCCAGAUGACAAGACUCUGUGGAUCCAACCCUGUUGUGCCAAAGGGGGGCUGUUGGCCCACAUUAUGUAAGGGGGCUCAGGGCUGAUGGCCUACUCAGGUGGUCACUCUCAUGGCUAAGCUGUGGGAGGAGUCUCAGGGUCUGGGGCCAGCCUGAAGGUGGGGACUUCAGAGGGAGGUGGUGGGAGAGGGCUUGGGGAAUAGGGGAAUGAUUGUCUGGUUUUGUUCCUAGUGAGUGAGUACAGCCCUUACACAUACAUAUUUGUGAGUUGCACUGGGGAAAGAGGGAGUGCCAGUUUAAUAGCUAUGGCUGGUGGAUUCUGAAUUCUUAUUUGACGUUUGAACCAGGAGUCUCUACAAAGGGGCUGCUUUGUGGUAAGUUUUCCUCUGACCAGGUCCAAGACCCAGAAAUGGUCUCUGACCAGAAAUGACCAUUUCUUCCUCUGGCUCAAAGUCUUUCGCUGGAGAAAAGGGUUGUAUUCUGUUAUUUAAUCCAGAAAACCAAUUCUAGCAAAGUAUUGGUGUUCUUUCCAUCUGCAGGAUGCAAUAUAGGCUGAUUGUGUUUAAAAAUUCAAAGCACCCCAAACCAAGUCCCUCCCACCUAAUAGGUAUCUGGUGGUGGGUCACACUCUUGACCAUAGAUUUUUUUUUGCUCGGUUUUAACACAGUCUUCUGUUGAGUCUUAUCUGCAGAAGUGAACUUUAAAGGUUUUUUUAUUCAUGUACUGGUUACAUUUUAGUAUAUAGAUAGGUCAUCUGUUACAAAUACCUGCUUCAAGUUCAGCAAGGACAGAUGAGCACAUUAUUAAGACAUUUAGUAGUAUUGCUACUUGGAAAGAUAAUCUUUUAUGUGAGACCUUAGGUCUUUGUUCUAGCUGACAAAAAGCAAAUCCCCGGGUUUCUGGUGUGAAGUUAGGAGGGCAGAAACUGUUCUAAGAUUCAGGUGAAUCACUUGAAUUCUUUCAGCUGUCAAUGGCUUAGAGAACAUCUCUUGGACCCAAGCCAACAAGUAGCUUGUUCCUCUCUGUAAGGGCCAGUAUGAGGGGCUGCUGUGCGGACCCAUGAAGCCCACUUUGGUGCUAGAAGUGGUCAUUUUUUUCCUGAAAACCUCACACCAGGCUGCAUCCUCCUCUUCUAUCCCUGGUACCAGGCUUUGUUUACACACUGAGCCACCUUGAUGUGCAUCUUCGGGAUAGUGUGCUCCUCUCCUGCUGCUCCCUUGCCUGAGGUCUGGUGGGGCUGCAGUCUCAGGAAGAACUUGGUACUUUGUGGGGACUUCUGUCUUCUCCUUGUGGAGAUUAGUGAAGACUCUGUGAAUAAAGCUGCUUCAGCCUCAUUUGGCUCUUCAUCGGACUAUAUGAUCAGAAGCAAAGAACUCUGGUGCUCAAGCUGUGCUUUAGCACUCAGUUCAGGCCAGAGAAGUAGGUUUGGCCUCAUCGAUGUUCCUUUAUGGGCAGCGUGGCUGCACUGGAUUGGACAACUGUCCUGUGAUGGUUCGAGCCACUGUCAUCCAGGACCCAGAAGAACCUGCUGGUUUGGUAUGCCCCAUGGGCUUCUUCUUAGGUUUUGAAAUUGGUCAAUGAUAAAGAGGAGAGCCAUUUUUCUCCAGCAGUCUGGCCCCAGCUACAGACAAGGAAUAAGCUUGGUCAUACUUGUUCAAUAAAGGCAAUUUAGGGGAGCAUGGUCACAGCUGCUUGUGGUCCAGGGCCUGCGUCUGUGAGAACGUGGGAGUACAUUCCUACUGUCAUGGGUUGGGGAUUUGCCUGACAACAGGGGGUCUUGUGCAAAGGCUGACUUGUCCAGACUAUAUAAACAUGACUCCUGUCUGACCCAGACUGGCACCUCUCCCGGGGAUCCUCUGGAGUUAAUCCUUCAAGCAGGGUGCUUCAAAGAUCCUUGACCCAGGCUUUAGUUUUCUCCACUGAAGUAAAAGACCAGCUAAUCUCAGGAAGUUGUUGUUUCCCAGUGGCUCCUGGGGAAAGCAAGGGCCUCACACUCUAGGUACCCUAGUACUUGCUUUAGUGAGCCAUGUCACCCUCCUCUCAUUACUGGAUGGUGACUGCAUUCUCCCCCUCUGUGCUGGAUACAGACUUCUCCUAGGAACUCUUCGAGGGAGGGAAGCCAGAGGUUCCCUACAGCACUCUCAAGCUUUAUAGUGGAAUUAAUUUCUGUGAGAUUUUUGUUGUCUCCUUCAAUCCUUCUCCUGGUGUGCUAAUCCUUUUUGCAGUGAGUACAGUUUAUGAAGUUGUCAGCCCUUUAAUGUUGGCAAACUUUAUUGAGUACAUAAACAGCAAGUGAGCACAUUAUAAUGGCAGAGUGGUUUUCAAUCCUUUGUUUCUUUGCUCACAGGAGACAGAGAUAGCUAUUAGAUGUGUAAGUUGCUGCUCAUUACUUGCAACAUGGAACUGCACCUUAGCGGAUAGCUAGGAUGGGAAACCAGGUCUGUUUGAUGGCUUUAUAACUACAGUAGUAGGGCCUGAGUAUAUGCACAAAUAGAAAUUAAUCACUUUGGGUGGUUUAACAACUAUGUAGAUAAAAAUAUAGAGACAUAUAAAAAACAUAAAGUGAGAUGGGUGGAGGUAGGAUAGAAAAGUAGAGAUGCUUAUGAAAUCUUAGAAUGGCAGGAAGACAGCUCUCUGUAUAAUUUAUUUUCCCGUGUGAUAAUAAGUCCAUGCUUCUGGGAAAAGGGGCACACUUUGAUGAAUCAAAAGUUCUAGUAUUGUUUCCCUAGGCCUGUGCUAUCCAGAGUGGUAGCUACUAGUCACAUGUAGCUAGUUAAGUUAAAGUUAAAUAAAAUAAAAAAUUGAGAAAAAAAAAAUUCAGUUCCUCAGUUGCACUAAUCACAUUUUAAAUAUUCAAGAGCCGUAUGUAGCUAAUGGCUCUUUCGCAGUGCAGAUAUAGAACAUGUUUGUCAUUGCAGAAUAAAUGCCAAUUCAAGUAAGAGUUAAGGCAUUGGUGGUUUGGAGAGGAGGAGGGGACAGAGUUUGCUUACAAGAGAUACCAGCUUUGGUAACAAAAUUGGUCUUGUUGAUGGUAGUUUGUUUUCAGUGAGUGCCGCGAAUAAACAUUUCUCAAUGGAAAGCCAAGUUUAGGACGUGCUUUACUUUUCCUCAUUUGCCUUAAGUCUUUAGUGCCUGAAACUUAUCACCAGCCCCUCACCCCUCUGGGUGGGCAGAAGCUGGGAGAGCAGGGACUAUGGUGGGAAAAUACCUAAGAUAGAUUUUAAAGUUUUAAAGGAACUACUUGCUCCUGUGUUCAAAGUUAGUUUUUAUUAAAGACAUUCAUACAUACUGUUCCUUGGCAUUGUUGCCAGAGGAAAACAGCAAUCUUUACAACCAUUGUCAGAGUCAGGAAGCAGGGAGGUAGAGAUAGCCAUUAACUAAAGCCUCUCAUACCUCACGUGGAUCCUAAUUCCUUUCCUAAUGACCAUUGCUAUCUAGUUUGUGCUGCUACAAGAGACCUACUAAAGCCCUUCCAAAGUCUAUCAAAAGGAGCAGGCUUUUACUGGAGGCAGGUCGCCUGGGAAAGCCCUGUCUUAGUGCUGAUAAAACAGGAGACUCUAUUCCACUUACUGGCUUCAGGGUAGGAGGAGAAUGGGAAUGCCAGGAAAAUGCCUGGGCCAGGAAGCUUCACUUGCAUAGCAUUUCCUCCUGGGCUGUAGGAUCACUUGAUUGAGACAAGGGGCGCUACAGUUAGUAGAAAAGACACACUCCCUUAGUGCAAGUUUUCACCACGGUGGAAUGGUGCUGUUGGAUAUGCUUUGUCCUUCCACAAGGUAAGCCAGGAAACCCGAGAGGAUGUUACUAGUGUGGCUGACGCUGCAGUCACAGAACCCUCAAGGGCUUGUGGUAGAACCUCAUGGCUAUCACAAGAUCAUCAGUCUGAAUCCAGGUCAUGGGGGCCAUCGUAGCCAAACUCCUUCUGCACAUCCAAAGGGUAUUUGCUCCAUCUCUGUGGGCUGCUGUUGUCUCUUUCUUCUUCACUGAGGCUGUUGUAAUCAUCAGAACCUAGAAUGAGAUAACAGGAAUGAGCGCGAACUGUAUCAUUUUCUAGAUGACUACAAGAGCCCUUCCCUUCUCAAAAAAGUCUGCUUUUUGUUCCCUAUUAUAAAAGACUUGUUCAGUAAAGAGAAUUUAGAAUACAGAACAAUUUUCAAAAAAGGCAAUAAAAUUCCUACCACAUAAAUCAAA